GAGUAUCCGACUGGACCGGUUCUGAUUCUUUUGAUCGGUACAACAGUGCGUUGUCACCCGCCAUCUGACAGAGAUAGACAAACAGUUAAUUUAGCAUUUAAUCGUUAAGAUCGUCACCGACUCUCAAGACGUGUUGGAAAGCGCUGCGCGCACCCCAAACCGGAAGCUGUAGUUUCAGGGUGGCUUUGCUGUGUAACGGCUGGGUGAGGGGGGCGCUAGCAGUCACGGCCACUCGGUGGAUUUUCGGCCAACACUGUUAAAGGGGAAACAGCCUACCAGCCCCCGUGCUUCAAAAGUCACUAAAUCUGGAUUUUGGAUCUCUUCGAUAUAUAGGAAUGUUCCUGCAUUCCACGCUGACUUCAAACACCGCUCUUCGUUUUCUCAAAUACUUGCAUAUCUGGAUGGAUGGAGCCCAAUGAUCAGCUUCACUAGUUAAGUUAAACUCUGAGUUAUGAUGUUUUUUUUCCCCAUCAUCCUGAGCCACCCUUUUCCUCCUUUUCUCUUGCCCCUCAACCCCACUUUCUGGUUUGUGGCAGUGAAAGUGAGUGUGUGUGUGUGAGCGCGCGCGUGUGAGUGUGUGUGUGUGUGUGUCAGUGACACAGUACUCGCACGUGUAUCCUAGCAAGUGGGAAACACUCCAUCUGCCCAUGACUAUGGGUGACAUCAGUGACUUGGACAGACAGAUUGACCAGCUGAGGAGGUGUGAGCUCAUCAAGGAAAAUGAGGUCAAAGCUCUGUGUGCCAAAGCCAGGGAGAUUUUGGUGGAGGAGAGCAAUGUUCAGAGAGUGGAUUCUCCAGUUACCGUAUGUGGUGAUAUCCACGGGCAGUUUUAUGACCUCAAGGAGUUGUUCAGGGUAGGCGGUGAUGUUCCAGAGACAAAUUACCUCUUCAUGGGUGACUUUGUGGACCGAGGAUUCUACAGUGUAGAAACGUUCCUGCUGCUGCUUGCACUCAAGGUGCGAUACCCCGACAGAAUCACACUGAUCAGAGGGAACCAUGAGUCCCGGCAGAUCACACAGGUGUAUGGCUUUUAUGACGAGUGUCUGAGAAAGUACGGCUCUGUCACCGUGUGGAGAUACUGCACAGAGAUCUUCGACUAUCUGUCCCUCUCAGCCAUCAUCGAUGGGAAGAUCUUCUGUGUGCAUGGCGGUCUCUCUCCUUCCAUCCAAACUUUGGACCAGAUUAGAACCAUCGACCGGAAGCAGGAGGUGCCACACGAUGGGCCCAUGUGUGAUUUGCUGUGGUCUGACCCGGAAGACACGACUGGAUGGGGUGUAAGUCCCAGGGGCGCAGGAUACCUGUUUGGCAGUGACGUUGUGGCACAGUUUAACGCAGCAAACGACAUUGACAUGAUCUGUAGGGCCCACCAGCUUGUAAUGGAAGGCUACAAGUGGCACUUCAACGAAACUGUACUGACUGUAUGGUCAGCACCUAAUUACUGCUAUAGGUGCGGGAAUGUGGCAGCAAUAUUGGAGUUGGAUGAGCACCUGCAGAAAGAGUUUAUCAUAUUUGAAGCAGCUCCACAGGAAACCAGGGGCAUCCCCUCCAAAAAGCCAGUGGCUGACUACUUCCUGUGAUGUAGGCAGGAAAACAAUCUCGACAUAAACUAUAGGAGAUAACCCCCUUACAGUACUCACAUUCUCUCAUUCUCCCUUUCUACACCCUUCUGUCUGUUUGGGGGGGGGGGGGUUGCGCUUAUCCUCAAAACCUUUGUCCACUAUUCACUACCCCAUUUUUGUUUCUUUCUCCCUCAAAAAUGUGUAUAGUAGGUAUCACCCCUUCUGUGCUCCCUUUCCUCUGGGUACCUCUGCUGGCUGUCCCACAUGCCUUUCAUUUUCCCAUUUGUACACAGCAUUACUGUCUCUCAGCUAUUGUUGUGAAGUCACCCACACUGGCAGUAUGAGCUUAUACAUCCCCCAUACCUUGUAGCUUCAGCCUUUUUUAAAUUAUAAGUGAAUAGUCAUAUAGAAUGGUAAGGGGGUGAGAGGUGCGCAAGUGGAAGGGGCAGACAGGUGUGAUUUGAGAGGUUUAGAAUCCUCUCUUACAUUUAUGAGGCUACUGGAGGUUAUACUGUGUGGUGGGAGGAGUUUUACACUUGCAUUAUGAUUUUUUUUUUUUUUUCUUGCACCAUUUCUUUUAUAUCUUUCAUUUUAUCUGUGGUGAAGAAAACCAUGAAUAAUUUUCAGUUUGGUUAAGUUUCCUUUUCUGUCUUUUCUAACAGACAGAACUGGUGUUAAUGGAUCAAUUGGAGUAGCAGUUAUCAGUCUGAUCCAUUGCAGAGGACAAAAUUACAGGACUGGAGAUAACCUCUAUGUUUUGUUCAGUGAAUUUUAGGGAAGACUGCAGACAAAUGGGAACACAAUGCACCAAACUGAACUUUUUUUUUUCUCUGACCAAUCUCUGUAGGAGUUAUU